AUGGCAAGUCAACAAUCAGUACCUGGAGAAAUGAACGACCGAAAGCCGUCGAUGUCCAUUCUUAAACAGCGAUUCUAUCGUCAAGCUUUAAAGCUGGAAACAAAGACCCGUUUUACGUGCAUUGAGAUUGAGGGUUUGCUGAGAAUAUUCGACAAGCUUGUUGAGAAAUACAACUCUCCAAUGACGAAAACCGUGUUAAAAGACGUUCUGUUCAACUUCUUUGGACUAACGAAUGAUAUCAUGAUGGACAAAAUUUUCCGCACAAUGGCUAAUGGAAAGAGUACCAUGACAUAUGAGGACUGGAUAAUCGGAAUGGAUAUCUACCUAAGAGGGACAUUGAAGCAACUUGCUAAUUUCGCCUUCACUGUGUAUGACCAUCAACGCAGAGAUUUCUUAUCCAAAGAGGACAUCCAGAUGUACCUGAAAAAUAUCUUAGCAGCCAAUAUUCCCGAUGAGGACGCGGAAGAGUGUCAGACUGAUAUGCUGGACAUGGUGUUCCUGUUGCUCGAUCAGGAUAAAGAUGGGUAUGUGAGUCGGAAGGAUUUUGUGGACAGUGUCCUCGUUGAGCCCCUGCUACUUCAGGUAUUGGGUGAGUGUUUGCCGUCCGCGAGAACCGCAAUGACUCUCAAUUCUCUGGUGCAACAGGAGAGCGGGAGGCUUGAUAAUUAUGCGACACAAGGU